CCAGCGAGUUUUACUUCCCCUGUGCAGGGGUGUUUGCCAGCAGCCUGUGGUUGCUCUCAGAAGUCAGUUCCAGUGGCUUGAGCUCUUGAGACCAGAGCCUUACCAUGCUGCUCCCCAGGAAGCCCAGGAGCUGCUGACAUCCCCCUGGACAGCAACUCACAUCCCCUCUCAAGAAAAAUGGACAAACUGAAUAAGAUAACUGUCCCUGCCAGCCAGAAGCUGAGACAGCUUCAAAAGAUGGUCCAUGAUAUUAAGAACAAUGAAGGUGGAAUAAUGGACAAGAUAAAAAAAUUAAAAGUCAAAGGACCUCCAAGUGUUCCUCGAAGGGACUAUGCAUUAGACAGCCCUGCUGAUGAAGAGGAACAGUGGUCAGAUGACUUUGACAGUGACUAUGAAAAUCCAGAUGAACAUUCGGACUCCGAGAUGUACGUGAUGCCCGCAGAAGAGAUGGGCGACGAUUCCUAUGAACCGCCUCCCGCUGAGCAGCAGACACGGGUGGUCCAUCCAGCCCUGCCCUUCACGAGGGGCGAGUAUGUAGAUAAUCGAUCCAGCCAGCGGCACUCUCCACCCUUCAGCAAGACGCUUCCCAGUAAGCCCAGCUGGCCUUCAGCGAAAAUGAGGCUGGCCUCCACUCUGCCAGCCCCCAACUCUCUACAGAAGCCUCAAAUCCCCCCCAAGCCCAAAGACCUCCUUGAGGAUGAGGCUGAUUAUGUGGUCCCUGUGGAGGACAAUGAUGAAAACUAUAUCCAUCCCAGAGAAAGCAGCCCGCUGCCUGCUGAGAAAGCUCCCAUGGUGAAUAGAUCAACUAAGCCAAACAGCUCCUCAAAGCAUGUGUCGCCUCCGGGGACUGUCGCAGGUCGAAACAGUGGGGUCUGGGACUCCAAGUCAUCUCUGCCCACUGCACCAUCUCCACUGCCACGGGCUGGGAAGAAAUCAGCUACACCACUUAAGACUACUCCCGUUCCUCCCCUACCGAACGCAUCCAAUGUUUGUGAAGAAAAGCCUGUUCCUGCUGAGCGCCACCGAGGGUCUAGUCACAGACAAGACACUGGACAGUCGCCAGUGUUUCCUCCCACCCAGAAGCCUGUCCAUCAAAAGCCUGUACCCCUGCCAAGGUUCCCAGAAGGGGGAAGCCCAGCUGCAGACGGACCGUUCCCUAGCUUCUCAUUUAAUUCUAUUUUUGCAGACCAGGAGGCUGAACUGCAUGGUAAGCCCUGGUAUGCUGGCGCCUGCGACCGCAAGUCUGCCGAAGAGGCCUUGCACAGAUCCAACAAGGAUGGAUCGUUUCUUAUUCGGAAAAGCUCUGGCCAUGAUUCUAAGCAGCCUUACACACUAGUUGCGUUCUUUAACAAGCGGGUAUAUAAUAUUCCUGUACGGUUUAUUGAAGCAACCAAACAAUAUGCUUUGGGAAAGAAGAAAAAUGGUGAAGAGUACUUUGGAAGUGUUGUGGAAAUCAUCAAGAAUCACCAGCACAACCCCCUGGUUCUUAUUGACAGUCAGAAUAACACAAAAGAUUCCACGAGACUGAAAUACGCCGUGAAGGUUUCAUAACGAAAGAGACAUCAAUACCACUGUUCCAGACAUUUCCCCAUUUCUUCUUUUGAGAAAACUUUAUAUGCUGGCUAUGAAUCAUCAGCAAUACGAGAGAAAAGAUGAAUGAAGCCUGAAGCCACUGAGACUUCAUGAAUGAAUGAAUCCACUCCUUCAUAAGAUGUUCACACGAGCUUUUCUAUUGCCUGACCUGACAAAGUAAUAGCUGGGGAGGUUCGGUUAUUAUGCUCCUAAUAUUGUCUAAAUAAAUGUAUUUAAAAAAAACAGG